AUGGCCGCCGGGCCUUGCCGGCCAUGGCUGGCGCCAGUUCUGGUCGGCCUGGCUCUGGAGGGGCGCCGACGGUCAGAGAGGUCGUCGAGGGCCCCGUCCCGGUCUUGGCGGUGCCGCACGGCCAGACGAGCUCUUGAGCCAGGCAGUUCACCGGAAAACCGGAUCCGUAACUUCUCCAUCAUCGCGCACAUCGACCAUGGCAAGUCGACCCUUGCGGACCGUCUGCUGGAGAUCACCAACACGGUUACCAAAGAAGACAUGAAGCAACAGCUGCUGGACAACAUGGACAUCGAGCGGGAGCGAGGCAUCACCAUCAAGCUGAACACUGCUCGGAUGGACGUAAACGAGGGUGGCGAGGACUAUGUCUUGAAUCUGAUCGACACGCCUGGCCACGUGGACUUUACGUACGAAGUUAGUCGGUCCUUAGCGGCGUGUGAAGGGGCGCUACUCGUUGUGGAUGCCACGCAGGGGGUGCAGGCGCAGACCCUGGCCAAUGUGACCUUGGCUCUGGAAGCCGAUCUGGAGAUCGUACCUGUCCUUAACAAGUGCGACUUGCCAAGCGCCGAUCCAGAACGGGUCUGCAAGGAGAUCGAGGAUGUUGUAGGUAUCGACUGCAGCAAUGCUCUGCAGUGCUCUGCCAAGACAGGGGAGGGUGUUCCAGCCAUCAUCAAGAGCAUCAUCGACUGCGUACCAGCACCGGCAAAGUCCGAUGAGCAGACUCGCAUGCGGCUCCUGGUCUUCGACAGCUUUUACGACAACUACCGGGGCGUCAUCGCAAUGUUCCGUGUAGUGGAUGGAAGCAUCUCCAAAGGACAGAAGAUCCGGUUCAAGAACUCUGGAAAGGAGUUCCUCGUGGAGGAGAUCGGCAUCAUGAUUGGGGGCGCUCGAAAGCCUGUCCAGAAACUGAGCGUGGGAGAGGUCGGCUACAUCUGUGCCAACAUCAAGACAGUCGGUGAUGCUCGUGUGGGAGAUACCAUCAUCGAGGCAGGCACUGAGGACCAAGUGGAGGCUUUGCCCGGCUACACGGAGGCCACUCCGAUGGUCUUCUGCGGCCUCUUUCCCGCAGUCUCGGGGGACUUCGAUGCCAUGAGGAGCGCCUUUGACAAGCUGAGCUUGAACGACGCAGCCUUGUUCUACCAGCCUGAGAACUCGGUGGCAUUAGGCCUUGGCUUUCGCUGUGGUUUCCUCGGCGUUCUGCACAUGGAGGUCGUCAAGGAACGCCUCGAAAGAGAGUACGAUCUCGAUCUCAUCGUGACUGCCCCAUCUGUGGAAUACCAACUUCAGAUGAAGGACGGAUCUGAGACAACCAUUCAGUUCGCCAACAUGCUUCCACCACCCACGAACAUUGCAGAGAUCCGCGAGCCGUACUGCAUGCUGGAGCUGAUCGUUCCGGAGGAGCACAUGGGACCUUGCAUGGAACUCGCGGUUCAGCGUCGUGGCAUCUACAGGACGACCAGCUUUCUCACUCAAGGGCGUGCCUUGUUGGAGUAUGAGAUGCCCAUGGCAGAGAUGAUCCGCGAUUUCUUCGCUGAGCUAAAAAGCCGCUCGCGUGGCUAUGCUUCCAUGGACUACCGCAUCCUGGACUUCAGGCCUAACGAUCUGGUGAAGCUUGAGGUGGAUAUCAACAAGACCACGGCCAACCCAUUGGCGCAGAUCGUGCACCGCUCGCGAGUCCAAGAGUUUGCCAGGAAGAUUGUCAAGAUCUUGAAGGAGGAGAUCCCCGCUCAGCAGAUCAAGGUCAUCAUCCAGGCACGUAUCGGCACCCACAUCAUUGCCUCGGAGAACAUCAAAGCUGUGAGGAAGGAUGUCUUGGCGAAGUGCUAUGGCGGUGACAUCUCCCGCAAAAAGAAGCUGCUGCAGAAGCAGGCAGCCGGCAAGAAAAAGAUGCAGGCCAUUGGCAAGGUCAAUGUGCCUUCCGAAGCAAUUUUGGCAGUCAUCAAGCAGACUUAG